AUGCCACGUGACAAGGUGGAUAAUGCCACAUGUAAGGUGGAUAAGGCCACAUGUGACAACAUGGAUAAGGCCACAUGUGACAAGGAGGAUAAGGCCACAUGUGACAAGGAGGAUAAGGCCACAUGUGACAAGGUGGAUAAGGCCACAUGUGACAACAUGGAUAAGGCCACAUGUGACAACAUGGAUAACGCCACAUGUGACAAGGACCACCUGUGUGACACAGAACACCACCUGCGUGACACAGAGGACCACCUGUGUGACACAGAACACCACCUGCGUGACACAGAGGACCACCUGCGUGACACAGAACACCACCUGCGUGACACAGAAGACCGCCUGCGUGACACAGAACACCACCUGCGUGACACAGAACACCACCUGCGUGACACAGAACACCACCUGCGUGACACAGAAGACCGCCUGCGUGACACAGAACACCACCUGCGUGACACAGAACACCACCUGCGUGACACAGAACACCACCUGCGUGACACAGAGGACCACCUGCGUGACACAGGACACCACCUGCGUGACACAGAACACCACCUGCGUGACACAGAACACCACCUGCGUGACACAGAACACCACCUGCGUGACACAGAGGACCACCUGCGUGACACACAACACCACCUGCGUGACACAGAGGACCACCUGCGUGACACAGAACACCACCUGCGUGACACAGGUCACCACCUGCGUGACACAGGACACCACCUGCGUGACACAGAGGACCAUCUGCGUGACACAGAACACCACCUGCGUGACACAGAACACCACCUGCGUGACACACAACACCACCUGCGUGACACAGGACACCACCUGCGUGACACAGAACACCACCUGCGUGACACAGAACACCACCUGCGUGACACAGAGGACCACCAGCGUGACACAGAAUACCACCUGCGUGACACAGAAGACCGCCUGCGUGACACAGAACACCACCUGCGUGACACAGAACACCACCUGCGUGACACAGGACACCACCUGCGUGACACAGGACACCACCUGCGUGACACAGGACACCACCUGCGUGACACAGAACACCACCUGCGUGACACAGAACACCACCUGCGUGACACAGAGGACCACCUGCGUGACACAGAACACCACCUGCGUGACACAGAAGACCGCCUGCGUGACACAGAACACCACCUGCGUGACACAGAACACCACCUGCGUGACACAGAACACCACCUGCGUGACACAGAACACCACCUGCGUGACACAGAACACCACCUGCGUGACACAGAGGACCACCUGCGUGACACAGAACACCACCUGUGUGACACAGAGGACCACCUGUGUGACACAGAACACCACCUGCGUGACACAGAGGACCACCUGCGUGACACAGAGGACCACCUGCGUGACACAGAACACCACCUGUGUGACACAGAACACCACCUGCGUGACACAGAACACCACCUGUGUGACACAGAGGACCACCUGCGUGACACAGAGGACCACCUGCGUGACACAGAACACCACCUGCGUGACACAGAACACCACCUGCGUGACACAGAACACCACCUGCGUGACACAGAACACCACCUGCGUGACACAGAACACCACCUGCGUGACACAGAACACAACCUGCGUGACACAGAACACAACCUGCGUGACACAGAACACCACCUGCGUGACACAGAACACCACCUGCGUGACGCAGAACACCACCUGCGUGACACAGAACACAACCUGUGUGACACAGAACACCACCUGCGUGACACAGAACACCACCUGCGUGACACAGAACACCACCUGCGUGACACAGAACACCACCUGCGUGACACAGAGGACCACCUGCGUGACACAGAGGACCACCUGCGUGACACAGAACACCACCUGCGUGACACAGAACACCACCUGCGUGACACAGAACACCACCUGCGUGACACAGAACACCACCUGUGUGACACAGAACACCACCUGCGUGACACAGAACACCACCUGCGUGACACAGAACACCACCUGCGUGACACAGAACACCACCUGCGUGACACAGAACACCACCUGCGUGACACAGAACACCACCUGCGUGACACAGAACACCACCUGCGUGACACAGAACACCACUUGCGUGACACAGAACACCACCUGCGUGACACAGAACACCACCUGCGUGACACAGAACACCACCUGUGUGACACAGAACACCACCUGCGUGACACAGAGGACCACCUGCGUGACACAGAACACCACCUGCGUGACACAGAACACCACCUGCGUGACACAGAGGACCACCUGUGUGACACAGAACACCACCUGCGUGACACAGAGGACCACCUGCGUGACACAGAACACCACCUGCGUGACACAGAGGACCACCUGCGUGACACAGAACACCACCUGCGUGACACAGAACACCACCUGUGUGACACAGAACACCACCUGCGUGACACAGAGGACCACCUGCGUGACACAGAACACCACCUGCGUGACACAGAACACCACCUGUGUGACACAGAGGACCACCUGCGUGACACAGAACACCACCUGCGUGACACAGAGGACCACCUGCGUGACACAGAACACCACCUGCGUGACACAGAGGACCACCUGCGUGACACAGAACACCACCUGCGUGACACAGAGGACCACCUGCGUGACACAGAACACCACCUGCGUGACACAGAGGACCACCUGCGUGACACAGAACACCACCUGCGUGACACAGAGGACCACCUGCGUGACACAGAACACCACCUGCGUGACACAGAGGACCACCUGUGUGACACAGAUCUACUGUAUGGCUGUAUGCUGUAUUAA